UUGGAAUAAAACUUGUUUUCUGUCCUAUAUAUCCUACAGAAAAAGGCAAAGUUAAAGAGUGACAUAAAGUUCCAGAAUCUUUGGACGAAGAUGAUGAACCCUACAAAAGCUAAUAAUAUCUUUUUGGGAGUCCCGUUCUUUUGGGGUUUUAUGAUGAUGAACGUUGGUUUACGAAAAAACCCAACAAGUGAAAUCAAAAUAGGAAUAGUUCUUGAUCUCCAAACUCCUUUUUCCCAGAUCUGCCUCACUUCCAUUAAUAUGUCGUUGUCUGAUUUCUACGAAAAUCAUUCUAAUUACACCACAAGACUUGCGAUUCAUAUAAGAGAUUCCUUGGAAGAUCCUGUUCAGGCUUCAGCUGCAGCUUUGGACCUAAUCAAGAACGAGAAAGUGAGCGCCAUCAUCGGACCACGAAGCUCUCUGCAAGCCGAGUUUAUGAUUAGACUGGCCAACAAAUCUCAAGUACCUGUCAUCACAUUCUCGGCAACAAGCCCUCUUUUGACAUCUACCAAGACCCCUUACUUCGUCCGAGCCACUCUUAAUGACUUAUCACAGGUCAGAGCCAUUGCGGCCAUUGUCAAAUCCUUUGAAUGGAGAAGUGUUGUCGCAAUUUAUGUGGACAACGAAUUCGGAGAAGGAAUCAUGCCAUACUUGGCUGACGCUUUACAAGAUGUGCAUACUUGUAUAACGAUUAGAAGUGUGAUCUCACUGGAGGCUAGCAAUGAUCAGAUUACAAACCAGCUUUACAAGCUCAUGACAAUGCAGACAAGGGUGUUUGUUGCCCACAUGCCACCAAAUCUUGGGUUUCGGGUUAUUCAGAAAGCUAGAGAUAUUGGGAUGAUGGGGGAAGGGUACGUAUGGAUAUUUACAGAUGGAAUGACGAAUUGGAUUAGCUCUACCGAACACGGUAGCAGCUUGGAGAAUAUGCAAGGGGUGUUGGGUUUGAGAAGCCGUAUCCCCAACUCAAAAGAGCUUGGAAACUUCAGCUUGAGAUGGGAGACAAUAUUUGGGCAGGCUAAUGCAAAACCAAACGUUUUUGCGUUACGGGCGUAUGAUUCGAUAACUGCAUUGGCCAUGGCCGUGGAGAAAGCGGACACAAAGAACUUACGGUAUGAUAAACUUAUUAGCGCAUUCUUAAAUAACACGACGGAUUUGGGGACACUAGGGGUCUCUCGCUACGGUCCAAGUCUUCUAAAGGCUCUGUCGGAUGUAGACUUCAACGGUUUAGCAGGAAAAUUUAAACUCGUUAACAUGGAGCUCGAGUCAUCAACUUUUGAUAUCAUCAAUUUUAUUGGAAAAGAAGAGAGGAUUAUCGGAUCCUGGACACCUACCAAUGGACUUGUGAAUGAAAAUCCAACAAGUGAGAGGUUGGGUCCUGUGAUAUGGCCCGGGAAGUCGACAGUCAUUCCGAGAGGAUGGGAGAUUCCAACGGACGGGAAGAAAACAUUUAAAGUAGGUGUUCCAUUGAAGAGAGGAUUUUUAGGCUUUGUGGAUGUAAAGCAAGCUGAUCCGAGGAAGGCAACAAUACCAACAGGUUACUCCAUAGAAGUCUUUGAAGCUGCUCUUAAAAGGUUGCCUUACUCUGUCAUUCACCGCUACGUCACUUUCGAUACUCCAAAUCAUAGCUACGACACUCUGGUAGAGCAAGUCCAUAAUGGGAUGUUCGACGCAGCUGUGGGAGAUAUAACCAUCAGAGAAAAUAGGUUUUUGUCUGUUGAUUUCACGUUACCAUACACAGAGUCUGGUGUGUUUAUGUUGGUACCAAUGAAGGACAAUGAAAACAAUACAUGGUUUUUUCUCCAACCAUGGAGCUUAGACCUAUGGGUCACUACCGCUUGCUUCUUCAUAUUCAUUGGGUUUAUUGUGUGGAUUUUAGAACACAGAGUCAACACCGACUUUCGUGGACCGCCUCACCACCAGAUCGGCACUAGUUUCUGGUUCUCCUUCUCCACUAUUAACUUUGCCCACCGAGAGAAGGUAGUGAGCAAUUUAGCAAGGUUUGUGGUGAUCGUCUGGUGCUUUGUGGUGCUAGUGCUGACUCAGAGUUACACAGCAAACCUCACAUCUUUCCUUACAGUACAACGGCUUAAACCAGAAGUCACCACUGUGAAUGAACUUAUAAAAAACGAGGAGAUUGUAGGAUACCAAAACGGUUCUUUCGUGCUUAAAUUUUUGAUAAAGAAAGGAUUUCAAGUUUCUAAACUCAAGGCUUAUAAUUCUGCUGAAGAAUGCCACACGCUUUUGAUCACUGGGACAUCGAAAGGAGGUAUUGCAGCAGCUUUCGAUGAGGUGGCUUACCUUAAAGUUAUAAUUUCUCAGUAUUGCAACAAAUAUGCAAUUGUUGAACCUUCUUUUAAGAGUUCUGGUUUUGGCUUUGUAUUCCCCAAGAAUUCACCUUUGACGGAUGAUGUCUCGAGGGCUAUCUUGGAAGUGAUUGAAAACGAUGAAAUGCAACAAAUCGAGAAUAAAUGGUUCUCCAAAAAGAGUAACUGUUCUGAUCCAACACUCAUUCCUUCACACAACCGGCUUAGCGUCAGUAGCUUUUGGGGUCUAUUUCUAAUAGUAGGUGUUACUUCGCUCUUGGCUCUUCUCGUCUUUGUGGCCUUUUUCUUUUAUGAACAUAGGCACACGUUUUAUGAGGACUCCGAAAUUUCUUUCUGGAGAAAGCUAACGAUUUUGGUUAGAAGCUUUGACGAAAAAGACAUAAAAUCCCACAUGUUCAAGGAUAGUGCGGUUCAUAAUGUGAGUUUACCUAGUACUCAAUGCACCCCAAGAUCUUCAACAGUGCAGAACAUACCAUGGCCACAAAAUCCGUCAGAGAACAUGGAGUUUGAGCUAAGAAGAGUGUCUCUCGUUCCGAGUGAAGGAUUUUUCACUCCACAACUAGAACAAGAUGAAGAUGAGGAAGCUAAUACUUUACGUGAAGUAGAAUGAGGAAGAAAGUUUGUUGAAGCAAGAGAUUCAGGAAGAAAGUUUGAACUGACGAUCCAACACAUUUAGAAACGUACUAUUUUCAAUUUAUAUAUAAAAAGCUUGACUUAGAUACGGAACCAAGAAGACACAAAUGCACAGUACCAUUAUUUACAUUCAAAUAAGCGUAUAUAUGUUUACAAAAUAGUCAUUCAAAAAAUGUAUAUAUAUUUACAAAA